CGUCCCGACAAACCAAUGAGUAACCCCUCAAGCAUCUCUCUCUCUCUCCAUUUCUCCGAGAUUCCUUGAAUCCCUAAAUUCGAUUGAUUGUGCCUUUCAUCGUUGUUUGUGCGAUUCCAGCUUCCGGUAAAUGACGGAUUGGUUUGGGACAACGGUACCAACCUUCUGGAGCCUUGUAUCGAUCGAAUUGCCGAAACUGUUGGAAAGGUAAGCACUUUCCUUUGGUUUCGUGUCUUCUCUAUUUUUUUUUUUUUUUGCUUUAUUCUGUUGCUUCCUUCUAAAACCUUGUGGUGUCUCUUUUCAAUUUUGGGUUAUUGAUGGCAGUACGAAACUUUGGCUAAGUUGUGUUGAGGUUUGAGCUUCGUUGCUCAGAAACGGGUGACCAUGACCUUCUUCCUCCUCCUUUCUUAGCAACAGCAGCGGGUCAGCAUGUUGGGGAAUCACAACAGGUCGGCGUGCUAGGGGAUUGUCUACGACGGCCGAAUCCGGUUGGUGGGGUUCUUUCACGGCAGUGACAGCAGGUCGGCGGCGUGGGGGAAUGACAGCGCCGAUGGGUUGGGGGGAACGACAGCAGUGGUUGGACGAUUGGUCGCAGUUAGGAUUUAUGGAUUGCAAUUGAAUAUAGGGAUAUAAAUGUCAAUUUAUUAUAAUUUAGGGCGAAAUAAUUUAAAUUUUAGGGCGACGAAUAGCAAUUCAGUAACUUAAAACAGCCCUACAGUUACGACUUGCGAUUCUCCCGCCGCCGGCAAAAGGUCUCUCCAAACGCCGCCUCCCCGUCGAUUUGACUCCGGCUCCUAGAUUCUCUAGCCACUGGGUUUCUCUAUUUAUCAAUCAGCGACUCCGGGCUCCGAUAAUUGCUUCCUUUCUAACUCUUCGUCUUCUAGAUUGUCUUUAGCUUCUCCCUCGUCGUUGGCGUCUUGUCCUCCGUAGCGCCGGCUGAUUCUCCUUCGCCUUCCUCAUUUUCAGCUGGGUUUUUCCGGGUAACCUUCGUAGCUUUGUACAAGAUUUUUCUUUCUAGAAUGAGUCCUACUCUGCUCGCAAAGAAUGUGGCUUUGGUCAUAAAGUACCAAAAGGAUCCUCUGAAAGCUCUUGAAACUUUCAAUUCUGUGAAGAUAGAAGAUGGGUUUUAAGCACACAUUGUCUACCUAUAGGUGCAUGAUUGAGAAGCUAGGUAUCCAUGGUGAAUUCCAGGCAAUGGAGCAAGUGCUCAUGGAGACUAGGAUGAAUGUCGAUAAUAACUUGCUGGAAGGGGUGUAUGUAGGAGCCAUGAGGAACUAUGGGAAGAAAGGGAGAGUUCAGGAAGCAGUUGAUGUGUUUGAGAGGAUGGAUUUCUACAACUGUGAGCCUUCGGUGUUAUCGUAUAACUCCAUCAUGAAUAUAUUGGUUGACUAUGGGCAUCACGAUCAAGUACAUAAAGUCUACUUGAGGAUGAGAGAUAAAGGAAUCUCUCCUGAUGUUUACACUUUUACGAUUAGGAUAAAGUCCUUCUGCAAGACGGGAAGGCCUCAUGCUGCUCUAAGGCUUCUGAACAACAUGUCUUCUCAAGGGUGUGAAGUCAAUGAUGUUGCUUAUUGUACUGUUGUUGGUGGGUUUUAUGAUGGGCACUAUCUACUUGAUGCAUAUGAAUUGUUCAACCAGAUGCUUGAAUUGGGUAUUUUUCCAGCCAUUGCUACUUUUAAUAAGCUUAUGCAUGUUCUUUGCAAGAAAGGGCAAGUCAUGAAAAGUGAAAAGCUGUUGAGCAAGGUGCUUAAGAAGGGUUUCUGUCCAACUUGUAUACAGUUAACAUCUUCAUCCAAGGGCUCUGUAGAGAAGGUGCAGUAAAUAGGGCCGCUCCAAUUGGAAACGGUGUGCAGAUCCUCGGGCAAUGGGGCGUACCUAAAGAGCUGGGCUUUCUUGUGCUUGGCGUUCUCCGAGAAGGGGAAUGAGAAGUAAGUGGCGGCUCCGCAGAAGAGCACGAGAGCUGUGUAGCCGAGGUACCGCCGCAGCUCAGCUUCCGACGAAGCCGGCGCGGGAGAGGAGGUUGAGAAUGUGCAAACAGGGUUUGAUGGAUAGCGAUUGUUUGGAGGGAUCGGCGGCUUCGUCGGCGGGAAGGCGGUGGAAAUGGGUUGAGAUGGACGGCGGUGGAGGAGAUGGUUGAUUGAGCGCCGGAGAGUAAGAGCUCUCGACAUCGUUUAAGGCAAGGUGGUCACUGGUCAAGGCUCGCACCUCUCUCUGAUUGUCUCUGUGAGCCUUCCUCAACUUCUUGCUCCCACCUUGAGCAUCUGAAGUUCUGGAAUCUGGAGUACAAAAUUAUCAAUUCAGGAGCGUUUUGCAAAAAGCGUGUAAUUCAGGGACCAAAAAGUGAGUGAACCCUUUAACUUAAAGAGCAUUGCUAUCCGUCGCCCUAAAACUCUUUAUUUGUCGCCCUAACAUAUAUUAAAAUGACUUAAAUAACCUUCCUCCUCCUUGUGAGUUACCAGUCAGUAACCCCGUCGGGAUGGGACUCCCCGUCGGCAGACACAUCGUCCCGACAAACCAAUGAGUAACCCCUCAAGCAUCUCUCUCUCUCCAUUUCUCCGAGAUUCCUUGAAUCCCUAAAUUCGAUUGAUUGUGCCUUUCAUCGUUGUUUGUGCGAUUCCAGCUUCCGGUAAAUGACAGAUUGGUUUGGGACAACGGUACCAACCUUCUGGAGCCUUGUAUCGAUCGAAUUGCCGAAACUGUUGGAAAGGUAAGCACUUUCCUUUGGUUUCGUGUCUUCUCUAUUUGUUUUUUUUUUUUUUUGCUUUAUUCUGUUGCUUCCUUCUAAAACCUUGUGGUGUCUCUUUUCAAUUUUGGGUUAUUGAUGGCAGUACGAAACUUUGGCUUUGUUGUGUUGAGGUUUGAGCUUCGUUGCUCAGAAACGGGUGACCAUGACCUUCUUCCUCCUCCUUUCUUAGCAACAGCAGCGGGUCAGCAGGUUGGGGAAUCACAGCAGGUCGGCGUGCUAGGGGGAUUGUCUACGACGGCCGAAUCCGGUUGGUGGGGUUCUUUCACGGCAAUGACAGCAGGUCGGCGGCGUGGGGGAAUGACAGCGCCGAUGGGUUGGGGGGAACGACAGCAGUGGUUGGACGAUUGGUCGGAGUUAGGAGUUAUGGAUUGCAAUUGGAUAUAGGGAUAUAAAUGUCAAUUUAUUACAAUUUAGGGCGAAAUAAUUUAAAAUUUAGGGC